GGGCGCCGCGAACCUAACAGCCGCCAAGCCCGCAGCCCGGCCGCCCGUCUGGGGCCGCACCCAACAGUCGCGGCAGGGGGCAGAUCGCCGCCGCGCGAGGGCCCGGGAUGCCGAGGGGCUGCGAGUCCUGGUCCCCAGGGUUCGGAAGAUCUGGAAAAUGUCUUCGGGGCAUGCGCCACAGCGGCCGUUAAGGGACCCAGAACCGACGCCGUGGAGUCGGCAGCCUGGAGGCAUGGGGGGCCCAGAGCAUGGCCGGGCUCCGCACGCCCAGCGAGGCCCCUGAGGGCGCACGGCGCAGGCGCGAGGCGCAGGGGCAGCCGGCGGCCAGGUGCGGCCAGCCAGGCGUCUCCUGUGAAAAGGGAUUAUUUGGCAUUUACAGCUGAGUUGCCGCUGAUUUCUCUGAUACAGAGCCCAGAGGAUAAAGCUGCAUUAUUUAUAUUAUUAUUGUUAUUAUUUUUGUCACAACGGAAGUUGGAAACAAAAUGGAAGAGGCAGAAAAGCACAUACCGCGCAAUAGUGUGGUUGGUGGUAAUUUUGAAGACGUUUGUCCAGAGAAGGUAAUUAGGUUUAAACCACCAUUAUACAAACAACGGUACCAGUUUGUUAAAGAUUUAGUGGAUCGCCAUGAACCCAAGAAGGUUGCAGACCUGGGAUGUGGCGAUACCAAGCUCCUAAAGCUGCUAAAAAUCUACCCAUGCAUUCAACUGCUUGUUGGGGUAGAUAUCAAUGAAGAAAAAUUACAUUCAAAUGGGCAUCACUUGUCUCCCUGUUUGGGGGAGUUUGUAAAACCCCGAGAUCUAGAUUUGACUGUCACCUUGUAUCAUGGCUCUGUUGUGGAGAGAGACUCUCGCUUGCUUGGAUUCGAUUUGAUAACAUGCAUUGAAUUAAUAGAACAUUUGAAUUCAGAUGACCUGGCCAGAUUUCCUGAAGUGGUUUUUGGAUACCUGUCACCAUCCAUGGUUGUCAUCAGCACACCAAACGCUGAGUUCAACCCCCUGUUUCCCACAGUGACCCUGAGGGAUGCAGAUCAUAAAUUUGAGUGGAGCAGAAUGGAGUUUCAGACCUGGGCUUUACAAGUGGCAAACUGCUACAAUUACUGUGUGGAGUUCACUGGGGUGGGGACACCGCCGGCUGGAUCUGAGCAUGUUGGAUAUUGUACCCAGAUAGGUGUCUUUAGGAAAAACAGUGGGAAGCUGGCUGAACCCUGCGUCUCACGGCAGCAUGACCAGCAUGUGUACAAAGCGGUUUAUACAACCUCCUACCCGAGUUUACAGCAGGAGAAGGUGCUCAAGUUUGUCCUGGUUGGGGAACUCCUGAUACAGGUGGAGCGCUUGAGGCUGAGAUACCAGCGAAUGCUGAGGGACCGGGAGAAGGAGGACCCUAAGCCCGGGGACGAGGACUUCUCCCCAGAGCCCCACCUACUGUUGGGAGAAUUUUUCACGGACGCCGAAAAGGCCAGGAUAGAAAAUUCUCCCCGACCCUUCUGUGAAGGAGAGAAGUUUUGCAUACCCCUGCGGAGAUUGCUCGCUUAUCCCAAGCUGCACCGCUUGUGCGUGGACGAAGAGAGGAUGCGGUCCCUCAUCGCUGACUCGGUCUGCUUGAACAGGGAUGGCUCUGCAGUGGUCGUUGACCUGCAUAAUUCCUGGGAUUAUCGGUCUGAAGAUAACUGAGCCAUCCGAAUGUCCCUGGAGCUCAGAGGCUCGCUGAUACCUAAGUUGGCUUAGAAUUCAAACUGGUUUUGGUUUCGUGGUGCUGGGAAUUGAACGAAGGGAGGGGCCUCGUGCAUGGUAAGCAAGCACUCUGCCACUCAGCGAUUCCCUCAGCCCUAUGACUUAAACUUUGUACAGUCCUAAUUCAAGUAAUACUUUGCAAGUUUUUAACACAAAUUGGGUCCUGAACUCAUUGACAGAUCUGCCUGACAUAGACUGUUCUUCGCCCAAGAAAGGGCUUAACUAAAAGUUGUUGCUUUCCUUUAAAAUUGGAUUUUUCUUUUUUCUUUUUUCUUUUUUUUUUUUUUAAAUUUUAUGUUUCCAAGAAUGAAGAAAUUGGAUGUGGUAAUGUUUUAAUUUUGUCCUCACCCAUAUUCUGGUGUUAGAGCCAUAUGUUGAAUGUGACAUUAAAACCUUUCAAU